UCAUUGUGACACACGAUGCGCGGGAAUUAAAUAACCUAAAAUCUGACAAUUAACUGUUAUCGCUAUAUUGUUCGAGUGACAAUUCUAAACAAAUAUAAAAUUAGGGUAAAUUUAACUUCUAAAACGUAACAAAAUGCCGAGAACCACACGAAGGUCGCUUAAAACUUUGCAGCACACUUCUACGGAUAGAGAAAACUUAGUGGGUAGACCAUCGAAAAGUUUAAAACAUCAACUGAGUCAAGAGUCUCUAGUAGAUGUUGAGGUGAAAAGGAAGAACUUGUCAACCAAAGAAGUGCAAGUCAAUCUUGAAAAUAAAGUUACAGCAGAUGAUCUUACAAACCCAGAAGGUGCUUCUGAGAAGUAUUGGCAAAUUUUAGCUGAGAAACGUCAGCAAGCUCUACAAGAGUCUUUAGAUGAAAAUGAGAAGCUCCGUAAAAUAAUAGAAGACUUAAAAGAGGAAAACGCUCAAUACAAGCAAAUGUUAGAAGAAGCCAAUAGCUUUGUGGAAGUCAUUAAGGAGGAACUUGCAAAUAACAGUAAUAAUGACACUGGAAUUGAUGUUAACGAUAUCAGCACAGCUGAUGAAACAACUGAAGAGAACCAAGACCCUGAAGAAUGUACCAAGACUGAAUAAUGUUUAAAUUGAAACAAUAUAUCACACAAUAAUUAGAGUUAAUAUAUUUUAAGAUAUGUGUAAUCUUUUAGUUUCUUAACACUAAACUUUUUGUACCUGUUGCUUUCAAUAUAGUUCUAGUUUCUAGCUAACAAUUUAAAUUGUUAUAGUAAAUUUAACUCAGGCCUUAGCUUUUACUACCAUUAUUGCUGGUUACUGUUUUGUGUUUUAUCAAAAUACUUUCCUCUCUCAUGAUAUUUAAUUGUAUUUUACUAAGCUUGCUUGUCAUUUAAUAAUAAAGCUUUAAAGUAUUACACAGAGUUGGAAAGUUAAGUGGAAUGUAGAGAGCCUUAAUUGGGUUUUAUUUGAUGAACUUGCUAAUAUAAUUGCUUCACUUCUUUAGCCAAGUGAAACUAAUUAAGUAGCUUUUAUAAUUGACCUUAACAUAUCACUGGUUAGGAUCUUUUUUUUUCAAAUAAAGUAAUAAAAC